AUGUCGCAGAAGGUGGUGGUUGCGUCAGGAUAUUUUGACCCCCUGCACUACGGCCACAUCGAGUAUCUCGAAAGAUCACGGGACUUGGGCGACAAGCUCCUGGUGAUUGUAAACAAUGACAUUCAGGCGGCAGACAAGAAAGGUCAGCCAUUUAUGCCUGCUCGUGAGCGAGUCAAAUUGGUACGCUCCCUUGCUUGUGUUGAUGCAGCCAUCGAGGCAAUUGACAAGGACCAGACUGUCCGACGAACCCUGAGAAUAUUACACCCAGAUGUAUUCACAAACGGCAGUUUUCUCAGCCUUCGGGCGGAGACAUCAAAAACGAAGAUGUACCAGAGGCCGAUAUUUGCCGUGAGCUCGGCAUCAAGCUCGUCGAUGGCCUUGGAGAGAAAGUUCAAUCAUCGUCCUGGCUGA